AUGAAGAUUAAUGAGGAACGGGGCUGAGGAAAGAGAGAGGAGCAUGUAAACAUGAAUUGAUGGUAGAGAGAUGACGUUGUGUUUAGCGUCUUGGCUUCACACCAAACAAUGGAAUUCCACCUAUUGCGGCUCGGCACUAAUAAGAGAUAUAUCUUGAAUCCACAGCAAGAUCGUUUCCUAAUCGGGCGAAACAAUUCAUGUGAUUUUAUUUUUACGAGUCCUCACAUCUCCAGACAACACUGCGAAAUCCAGCGUGUACCUCCCAAUGGCACCCUUAUCAUCAAAAACCUCAAGGGCACCAACUCCACCUACGUUGAUGAUCUUCAUCUCCAGGAUGUCACUAGAUAUGCAGAACUCCGAAAAGGAUGUAAGAUCGGGUUGGGUGUUCCCCUUUCACAUGUCGAGGAUGGCAUAGCAAAUAAUAACUAUGUGUUUUUACAACUCUGUCAAUCACAGCCUACGGAGGAUUCGAUAAAUGUGAAACAAGAGCAGGCAAGAGCAUUAUCUUCAGGGGACCAUGCUGAACCUUCAGGAAGUGAUGCUAGUUUCAUAAACAAGUCUUCAGGUCUUCAGACAGGAUCUCAGAAGCAUGGUCCUGUCAGCCACACUAUUGAUCAUACAAUUCAGCAACCUGGAUCAUCCAGGCAAAGUAUCCAAGGAGUACCAUUAUCUCGGGCCAAUGUUGGUCAUCCUUUGGCAUCUAAAUACAAUUUCACAUCUGAAAAUCCCUCAAAUCUUGGGCUUCAAAAUACAGAUACAAGACCGCUUCCUCUCGUUUCCUUACCACAAACCACUCGCAGCACUUCUACAGUGACACACCUGCCACCGUGCAAGCCCAUGAGGCAUCUGUCAAUGACACAAACACAAAGCAGGAUUCAAGAACCAUUAUCAGAAUUGCACCUACAAAAUAAUGACCAUGACAGUCCUCAAGGAUUAUAUGUUUCAAAUAGCUUAAGUUCUGAAUGUAAAAAAGGUUACCCAAAUCAGAUGGCAGCAUUACCAAUAACAUAUACAACAGCUCGAAGCCAGUCAGAUAUUCAGAGUGAAGAUGGUAUUUAUGAACCACAGAGUGAACCCCGGUCUGCACAAGGACACCAAGGGAUGAAUAAAACACAUCAUGAGCCACGCGAACAAAUUCAUCAUGAACAAGAUAAUAAAAAUGCCUUUAGAGAAGUUCAUAAAAAUAGUUCUCCUAUAUUUCAUCAAAAAGAUGAAUCAACGUCAAGCCUCUGUAACCCAAAAGCUGCUGUCCGCAGUAGUUUUCAUACUGGAUCAGAAUUCCUGGUGCCUAAUUCUAAACAGAUAAGAAUACAAACUCGGUUGGAGCAAGACAGUCAUCAGACGAAGCCUUCGGCAAGGAUAGCUCCUGUUCAGAUUCAGUCUUCAAAUAAUCUUUUGCCGAUUUCUGACCUUUCACAUAGUUCUUCCAAUGUUUUACCUUUAUAUCAAAUUCCAAAAGAUUAUAGAAUUACUCCAUCUUUGCAUAACAUUCCAGCAGCUUCUGAAGACGUAUUGCCACGGAAUCAACUUCCCAAUGAUUCACGGCUGCAUCAAACUUCACAGCGUUUGACUGAUCGAGUGCUGAGUGAGAAUAUUCAAGAAGGUAAUUUACCUGUAGAGUCAAAGGUUUAUUCUGAUAAAGCCUUAGCCUUGAGCAUUGACAACGAAGAUUCAAAUUUAGGAAUAAAUAUUGGUUCCAGUGACACAAAAAGUGGUUCACUGGUGGAGAAAUCUACUCCAGAAAACCGAAGAAACAGACAGACACACGAACCUAACGUCAUUGUUGUUGACAUUGAUGACAUUGAUGACAAUGAUUCAUCCAUGAGUAUUGAUCUCACUCAGUCUGACACAGAAUCUUUACAAACGAAUAUAAUAAACAAUGUAGAUGCAAAUAUAAGCUGUGACAAAGAUAAUGAGCUCAUAAAGGGGUUACAGACAGAAGAGCAAAUUAAUGUUGCUGAUGAAACUAGAGGUAAUUUAGCUCCAGUCAAAAAAACAGAUGUGUUAGGCAAGAGAAAGAGAAAUAUUACUGAGAAAUCAAUUGAAGAAAUGAAUAAAAGUGUUGAAAAUCCUAACAAAUAUUUGAAGAAAGUUCAUCUAAGUGAGUCGUCCAAGUUACAGAGUGAGAGAGAAAAAUCUUCAAAUGAGCAAGUUAUGAAUACUGAUUCUAAAGCAAAUGAAAGUAAAUAUUCAACAGUAAAACCAAUUUCCCUAAAAGAAACUUUAAGAGACUGGAGAUAUAAAAGUUGUUCAAUAGCUGUUGAAAGAUUACCCUCAGCUUUAUUAAAUAAAGCUAGUGAGGGUAAAGUAAUCAUAUCGGAUGAAAAUAAGAGCAUAACACUGCAAUCUCCAGUGUCUGAAGUCAAUAAGACACCAUCUCCAGAUGGUAUAAAUGUUCCAGUUAAGAAUAGUUUGCUUAUGCUGGAUGAUGAUGAUGAUGACGAUUUACCAGAUAUAAACAUGCCUCUGGUCAGUAAGAAGCAUACUUCUCAUUCUCCUUUGUUGCAUAGUUCAGAGUCCACUGAAUCAAAAAUGAAAAUAAAUGACCAUUCUAGAAAUGCAAAAGUAAUUAAGAGAAGAGACAGCGAGGGCAGCUUUAGAACAAGUAAGAUAAAUGCGCCUGGAAGGAGACACGAGCGUCAAAGCUCACACGAUUCUCUUCAGAGUACUGAUGCAGCAGCAGAUCAGGCUUUGCCUCAGGGAAGAGAUAUUAUGGACAAGGUUGAACCAUCAUCUACAAGCGGUGAGAAGAGCAGGCUUCUUGAUCAGGCUUGUUAUAAUAACAUAUCAAGUGCCAUAAGGAAAACUACUGAUUCAGUUUUCAAUACAUCAGAAGCUUCAAUAUCUAGAAAGAAAAAGUGCAGUAAAUUGGACUCUUCAGCAGAAAGAAUAAGUACAAGAAAAACAUCUGAUACAGCUUUUAAUAUAUCAGAAGCUUCUACAGCUAUAAAGAAAAACAGCAAUGAAUACAUCUCGCCAGCAGAAAGAAUAAGUACUGGACAAAAUUGCAUUGAUGAUGCAAGCACUUCUGAUGUCCUUAUAAAUUCUGGCCUUCCUCCAAAUAUUAAAAUAAAAAAGGAAAAAAUUGAAGAGCUUUGUUUGGAAAAGAUUAAAAUAAAGAAAGAGAAAGUGGACAACGAGAAUAGUGAUAUUAAGGUUAAGAUUGAACGUGAUGAAAAUUCUGAACAUGUACUCGAAAAAGAAUUGGAGGAGGACGAUGUUAUUUGCAUAUAUUCCCAAGUGGAUGAAACUAUAUGGGUUUCGAGUGACGAAGAGGAGUCAACAUCACAAGAUAUCUCCUUUGGUCCUAUGCCCUCAAGUCCAGACUUGGAUAUUGAGGACCUGUUUAGAGAAGACGAAGAACAAAAACAGAACCAGGUUAGCACAAACCUCUCAAAGAAUGAUAUACCAGAGGAAGAAGUUGCAAAUGAUGACCUUUGGUUCCCAGUUCUGUCUCAAUCCUUUUUUGAUGAUGACAUUGAGAGAAAGGGAUCUAAAUCUACUUCUGAUAUGAAUUUUCAAGAAUCUUUGCCUGGUCCAAGUGGAAUAAAUACAAAUAAAGUUAAUGAUAAUGAUGAUGAUGAUGAUGAUGAUGAUUUAAGUACCAGUAAAUGGUGGCCAGUCCUUUCACAAGACUUUUUACAUGAAAUAAAUAAUGAUAAGGUAGCUUGUGCAUCUAAAGAUAAUCAAGCACCUCCAGACUGCUCUAGAAAUCUUAAUGCUAUUAUUGAAAAAUUAGGAAAUAAAAACAAACGAACCGCUCAGCUGACAGAUCCCAAAAUGCCACCGCCACGAACAAAAAGUAAUAACCUUAGGAAAAGAAGCAGAUCGCAAGAGUAUUAUGGAGUAAAAUCACAUCGUGAUAGUUCUGAUUAUUUGUUUGAUAGGAGGAGUAAAGAUACUCGACAUGAGAGGAGGAAUGAGGAACCAGUUUCAAAGAUUAAGAAAUCUGAGGAGAAGUUUACCAGGCGAAGAACUAUGUCUACUCCACCACAAAGAAUGAAACACAGAAAAAGUUCGCACUUGAGGGAAAAUUUAACCACUAAAUUUAAUCUUAAACCAUAUAAAGCAACAAUGGAACACAAACCUAGGGAGAAACAUCAUCUUGUUCCAAAAGUAAAAAAGGAACACCAAACAGCCAAAGAUGAUGACAAAAGAAAAGCUGUUAACAGAAAAUCACACCUAGUAAUUGAUCAACCACGUGCUGGUGAAAACAUUUCUAUUCAAAAAAAGAAUGUACAAAAGGAGUGUCAGCCUCAAGAGAAACCUCGAACUAAAGUAGCAGCCAAAGUCACAAGAAAAACACGCUCUGAGAGAUUGAUUGAUGUCGAUAUUUUUUCAUCUUCUAUAGUACCCUCCCACAAAAAUAAAAAAUCAAGUUAUAAGAUUCCCAAAAAUUCUGAAAAGGAUGCCAUCCCCAAAAACUCUGAAAAGGAUGCCACCAAGAUAACGAAAUCGAACGUUAUUGCUCCUGAAGUUGGCCUUGUCUUAACAAAAUCUAGUAAAAACAUGUCAAGUAAUAUAUUACCCCCUGUGAAGGAACCACAGAAUAAAGUUGUUCUACCAGAUAGUGACCAAGAAAAUACAACCUUGCUCUUUCAGACCGAUAAAGAAAACAAAAUCUUUAACAAUAAUGGAGAAAAACCUCAAGGAAGUACAGGGAUAUUAAAAUUGGCUUUUGAAACACACGACACCAAAAAGAAAAAAGUACAUUUUCCAUCUAAUUCUGAGGAUCUUGUCAGUACUUUGGCUAUAUCACCUCGCAAAGACUGCAAUAGGAUCGGAAUACCAGAAGUGAGAGCACGAGAGGUUCUGCCCAAAGAACUUGUAAUGUGGAAGAAUCCCAUUCCUCCAAAUUUCAUGGAUCACUUCAUCUAUCAUAUAUGCCGGUGGAAUUAUGACUGGCUAGAGGUUUACAAACUUGAUCAGCAGAAACGUGAAAUAAGUGGUAAAGGUUGUUCACGCCCACCACCAGUAGUCACCAGUACCAAUUACCCAACUCUAAUACUAUACAAUUCCUUUGAUGAUUAUAAAGAAAUAUUCAGCAAUCUCAUGUACUUAGAGAUUUGGGAGAGCAUUUAUCAAGAUUGGAUGAAGUACAAACAUAGUAACAUAUGGCUGCCCACACAAGUAGAUGGGGUGAGAGAAGCUUUUGUUGAAACUGGUAGAAAUCCACUUAAAUUUUGGACUCUGAAUAUGUUUACAUUAAUUGCACAAGAUCAAAGCAACAAAGGGCUACAUCCUAGGCAAGGGUCACUUAUCUCUCUCAGAAUUCAAGAGGGUGUUAAAAAGAUGCACAUCUUUGGCCAUGUGGAAUUUUUCCAAAAAAAGCGUAAGCGUAUGAUAUCAAGAGAAUUGGAACAAGCGUGUCCCUAUGGUGAAGUAUGCCUUAUGAUGGUUGUGCGAGUAGCCAAAGAAGUUAUUCAGAAAGUUAGAAGUGGCAAAAUUAUUCUGAUCAGUAAUGUGUCAUAUAUUCGACCAAGCACUCGCACAUGGGAGGGAUUAUGUAAACUACCUUGCUCUCCUCUUUGUCAGGCAAUCCUGCAACCAAGCAAAGAUGUCUUUAAAUGUGAAUAUGAGUAUGGCCAAUAUUUAGUUGAUGGGAUGUCCCUCAAUGAUGUACAAGUACAGGCAGUUAGAGAGGUCAGUAGUAAGUGUGUGUCUAGUUAUCACAUGCCAAAAAUGAGUCUGAUCCAUGGUCCACCUGGCACAGGCAAAACUCGCACGAUCACAGCUCUCAUAGCUCAGAUUGUGAAGUUGUCUUCUGUUAGAAAGUUAAAAUUUUGCCGUAUUUUGGUGUGUGCCCCAUCUAAUGCUGCAGUUGAUGAGCUGACAUUACGACUCAUCAAGCUUCGGGAAAUUGGCAUAGCUUUACGUGUUGUGCGAGUUGGUGUCAAAGGAAGUAUCAACCAUGAAAUCAAGAACUGCACUCUAGAUUCAUUUGUUGAAAAACAAAUUAAAAUGGAACUUUCAUCACCUAAAAAUGUUUCCGCCAAGCAGGAGUGGGAUCGAAGGAGUGCCACCGUGAAAGAGGCUGCAGACAAACUGCAAGAGGCCAGAAAGGCAAAUGUAAAUAAGGCGAUCUUAACCCAAAUGGAAAUUCGUCUGAAUCAACUAGUUCGAUCAAAAUGUGACUUUGAGAGAAGUUUUCGUUCACAGCCAACGGCACAAGAAAGAUAUGAGCUACAACAAAAGUGGCAGCAUCAAAUUCUUAUCAAUGCACAAGUCAUAACAACAACCCUCGGAGGAUGCUUGUCUGGAGCCAUGUCAGACGUAUUUGGUAAAAUCCCUGAUAGUUUUACCUGCUGCAUUAUUGAUGAAGCAGGUCAGUGUAAGGAAACAGAAACAUGGCUGCCACUUCUGUUUAAAAUCCAUAAACUGGUACUAGUUGGAGAUCAUCGGCAACUCCCAGCAACUGUACUCUCCCAGCUGGCACAAGACAAAAACCUAAAGCAGUCAUUGUUUGAGCGACUGUAUCAUCGUUUUAUGAUAGAACUACAGUUAAAAGAGAUGAUACAUACUCUGAAUAUUCAAUAUCGAAUGCAUCCAGAGAUUGCAGCAUGGCCUUCUCAGCAUUUCUACAUGGACAUGUUAACCACCCAUCCUAAUAUUGCUGAUCAGCGGAGCUGUGACCUCAAGCCAUACAUAGUGUUUGAUCUAAAGACUUCUCAAGAACAAAGGGACGAAAAAAAUGAGUUGUACAAUCCCGCCGAAGCAUCGCUGAUCCGUCUUAUUAUUGAGGUCUUGGAGCCACAAGUUGGAAAUCAAAAAAUUGGAGUCAUAACACCAUACCAGCGACAAAAAUUUCAUCUUGAAGAAAGACUUGGAAGGUACACUGGUCGGUUGAGUCUUGCUAUAAAUACAGUUGAUGCUUUUCAGGGGCAAGAGCGAGACAUCGUCAUUCUCUCCUUCGUGCGUGCUAACACAGCUGCCAACAUUGGAUUUCUCUCACAGCGUCAGAGGUUGAAUGUGGCUCUUACCAGAGCAAGGAAAGUCUGCUAUAUUGUGGCAAGUCUUUCUUCACUCUCAAAGAACAAGGACUGGCAGUCACUCAUCCAAAAUGCAGAAAGUCGUGGUCUUGUUAGUGUCAUAACAGAAAAGGAAGAACUGGAUAAAAAUUAUAUAAAGUCUAUUUUGCAAAAGCAGUGAAUGUUGUUAAAAACCUAUUGUCAGUUUGUCAAGUACUGCAUUGUAUAAUAAAUUAUGUACAGAUCUUUAUAUACAAUACAAUACUGAACUGUUUCUUGGCCUGGAGCCCUAGAAGGCAGCACUUGAAAUGUAUCUGUACUGCAUUUCAAGCUUGGCUAAUUUAAUUUUAAACUAAACAAAUAUUGAAGGAUAAAAAUAAAAUUGGUGCUGCUGUAUAUUUUCCAGUUAAGCAACAAGAUCUCAAACCUUUAGUGCAGUACUGAAGAAUAGACAAGUGAUAUCCCCAUUUGGAACAAACUAUUGAAAAUUUUGUUUCGAUGUUAUACAUUUUAUUUACUUAAAAUUUAUGAAAAAUUCUUAAAGUAUUUCAUUGAAGAGGCUUGCUACAAAAUGUUAAAAUUCCCCAAGUUAGCUUUUAUGAUGAGACCAAAGCCUUGGGAGGCCAUGGACUUUUACCAAUGUUCUCAUAAUGAAAGGUUGAUACUGUAUUUUUGACAUGACGUUUAUAUUUCUUUAGUUGGGCAUCGGACAUGUUCUCCAUUUGGGAAUAAUUUGUUUUACAUUUAAACAAAAAUGCGUUUGUAAGAAAGAAAAUAUAAUCGUUGUGUUUGUAAGAAAGAAAAUAUAAUCAGUGUUUAUAAUUCACUUAGUAACCAGCAUUACAAUAAAGAUUUUAUGUAUAUAAAUUUAGUGUGCUAGAAAUUAGUUUUAUGUAUAUUAUACGGUACUGCCUUACUGAUGUAAGUGCAAGUUGUUAGGAUUUAUACUCUGCAUAAAAUAAACAGAUACAUGACCA